AUGGGAAUUGAAGAGAGAAAGCAGCUGAAGAGGCCAGCGCAGGCCAGUUCCAGAAAGGGUUGCAUGAGAGGGAAAGGAGGUCCUGAGAACGCGAGCUGCACCUACAAAGGCGUGAGACAGAGAACUUGGGGGAAGUGGGUUGCUGAAAUCCGUGAGCCCAACCGCGGUGCUAGGCUCUGGCUUGGGACAUUUGAGACCUCCCAUGAAGCUGCCUUAGCUUAUGAUGCAGCCGCGCGUAAGCUUUACGGCUCUGAAGCCAAGCUCAAUCUCCCAGAGCUCUCUGUGCCCGCUGCAAAUUCUCAUCAUCAAUCUGUACCUGACACCACCAUCACCACCGCCCCCGCCAACAACCAGGUUGUUGUUCCUCAAAUGCAUCAACAACAACCUCAAAUUCAUCAAAACUUUGAUGAUGCCGCUGUUACAAGUGUCCUCACAUCUUCUGAUUUCAGCAGCAACAUGAUGAUGAACAACCCUGCUAUCUCCAUGCCUUCUCAUCAUCAUCAUCAGCAUGUUGUUGGUGAUGGAUCAAUGUAUAGCAGUGACUCAGUGGUGCCUCUUCUUCCAUUGGAGACCAACAACAACACUAAUGCAGCAGCAAUGGACACUACUGAUGACAUGUUCCGUUCGUUUUUCGGGACAGUGAACAACGAGACCAUGCCACCCGUGUUUGAUGAUUCCAUUUGGGCAGAAGCUGCCAUGUCUCUUGAUUUUCCUGUGGUUGCAGAUGAUGGAAUUUACACAGCUUCUGGAAACUUCGGAGAAGUGGGUGUUUGGGAUACGCUGCAAACACCAUGGUGCAUGUAA